AUGAUCCCGGAGCUGCUGUGUACCGCCGUGGCCGUGGGGGUGUACGUGAACACGCUGGAUGCAGACUUUUGCUACGAUGACAGCCGAGCCAUCAAGACGAAUCAGGACCUUCUCCCGACGACUCCGUGGACCAACAUCUUGUAUGACGAUUUCUGGGGGACCCUGCUCACCCACAGCGGCAGCCACAAGUCGUUCCGUCCGCUCUGCACGCUCACCUUCCGCCUCAACUACGCCCUGCACGGCUUGCGGCCCUCUGGUUACCACCUGCUCAACGUAGCCCUGCACGGCCUGGCGACGGCCGCUUUCGCCGCCUUCGCUCGACCUCUGUUGGGCGAAGGACCGUGGGCUCUGCUCGCCGGCCUCCUCUUCGCCUCGCACCCGGUGCACACGGAAGCCGUGGCCGGAGUGGUCGGGAGGGCGGACGUCGGCGCGGCGGUCUUUUUCUUGCUGUCUCUUCACUGCUAUGCCAGACACUGCAGCCUUCGGGCGUCCAGACACCGCUCGGCAUUUCGCCUCUGGGCGUGGAUGGCGGGCAGCCUGUGGUGCGCGGCGGCCAGCAUGCUUUGGAAGGAGCAGGGGGUCACGGCGCUAGCCGUGUCGGCUGUCUACGAUCUCUUCAUCUUCCAUCGGCUCACCUUCCGCCAAGCGCUUCUCCUCCCACUCGGGAAGAAGAAGAACCUGAAGCUGUUGCCAAGUCUUGUUGCCCUGGCUACCUGGGGAGUGAUUUUGCUGUCAGGUCGCAUCUAUUGGAUGGGUAACAAGCCUCCCAACUUCUCCAACUCUGACAACCCGGCGGCCGACUCGCCGCAUCUCCUUACCCGGACGUUGACCUUCCUCCACCUGCCUGCCGCCAACGCCUGGCUACUGCUCUGUCCCGACAAGUUGAGUUUCGACUGGUCCAUGGACGCGGUGCCCUUGGUGAGGUCCUUGGCCGACUGGCGGAACCUUCACACACUCGGUUUUUACGGAGGAGUCAUUCUCCUGGCUUGGUUUGGGUUUCACGGCCCCACUUCAAAAGGAAAGGACAUGGACAGUAGAGCCACAAAUGGCAAAUCGGUCACCAAUGGGAACGGCUACCACGCACCUGAUACGAACCACAACACAGACUUGGCGCCACCAAAGAUAACCGUGAAUGGGUCGGACGGACUUCACGAUGACAAUUUCCGGAUGUCGCUACCACCUACAGAAAACCUUGUGAUCUUCUCACUGGCCUUGCUAUCGUUACCGUUCCUCCCAGCCUCCAACCUCUUCUUUUAUGUCGGUUUCGUCAUUGCCGAGAGGGUACUCUACAUUCCCAGCAUCGGCUUCUGCCUACUAGUAGCCACUGGUGCAAGAAUCUUGUACGUCAGACUGAGAAGAAAGAGCUGCAAGGCCUUGCUGUUGAGUUUGUGUUUGGGGCUGGUGCUGCUAAAUUCACUGAGAACAUUUCAAAGAAAUAAGGACUGGAGCAACGAGGAGAAUCUGUACAAGUCAGGAAUUAGUGUGAAUCCUGCAAAAGCCUGGGGCAACUUGGGAAACGUUCUAAAGAGCCAGGGCAAGAUGGCUGAGGCAGAGAGAGCAUACAGAAAUGCUUUGCACAACAGGGGAAACAUGGCUGACAUGCUGUAUAACUUGGGUUUGCUGCUGCAGGAGAACGAGAGAUUUUCCGAGGCACUUCAUUACUACAAACUGGCUAUCGGAAGUCGGCCAACGCUUGCAUCAGCCUACCUGAACACCGGAAUUAUCCUGAUGAACCAGGGCAGCAUAGAAGAAGCCAAACGGACCUUCGUGACAUGUUCCAACAUACCUGAUGAGAAUCUGAAGGAUCCCCACACCCACAAGGGCUCAGUCACCAGCUGCCUCUAUAACCUGGGAAAAUUGCUGCACGAGCAGGGUCAACAGGAGGAGGCCCUCUCCAUUUACAAGCAGGCAGUGCAGAGAAUGCCCAGACAGUUUGCACCGCACAGCCUUUUUAACAUGAUGGGAGAGGCCUAUAUGAGGCUGAACAAGCUAGAAGAGGCGGGUCACUGGUACAAGGAGUCCCUCAGGGUCAAGCCGGACCAUAUCCCGGCUCACCUCACUUAUGGAAAACUGCUGUCCAUCAUAGGGCAGAAAAUCGAAGCAGAAAAGUACUACCUAAGAGCCAUUGAGCUUGACCCCAUGAAAGGAAAUGGCUACAUGCACUACGGUCAGUUCCUGCUGGACCAGUCGCGCCUUGUCGAGGCGGCGGAGAUGGCUGAGAGAGCCGCCGAGUUGGAAAGUACAGAGUUCGACGUGGUCUUCAGCGCGGCACACAUGCUCAGACAGGCCAGUUUGAACGAGGCAGCCGAGAAGCAGUACCAGCGCGCAGCCGGGCUACGGCCAGAUUACCCGGCGGCUCUCAUGAACCUCGGCGCCAUCCUCCACCUGAACGGAAAGCUGGCCGAAGCCGAGGCCAACUACCUACGAGCGCUACGCCUCAAGCCCGACGACGCCAUCACGCGUUCCAAUCUGCGCAAGCUGUGGAACAUCAUGGAAAGGCAGGGGCUCGCCACCAGGAUGGACCAACUUGAAACUUAA